AUGACUGACGUUCCUCUUCCUGAAUGCCUUCCAAAGCCAGAAGAACCGAAAGCUGCAGAACCACAACAGUCUUCUCAGCAACCUCAGUUCCAGCAAGUACCUCCGAAUUACUACCAAUUUCCACCUCAAGGUUACUACCCACCACAAGGCUUCCCGAACUACCCUCCUCAGCCUAUGCCUUACUUCCCCAACCCUUGGAUGUUUAUGCAAAACCCUGCCCCACAAUUCCAAUUCCAAUCUCAAUCGAAGAGAGACCAAGACUUCGAAGAAGGUCUGAACCGCUUACGCAAAGAGUAUGUUACAGCUCCAAUUGAGAGAAAGUUGUUCCCGGACCAAAAAAUAUAA